AUGGAAUACAGUGGCGUGGUGAAGUCGUUCAACCCGAUGAAGGGUUGGGGCUUCAUCACCAGUGAGGAGGCAGGAGGAGAUCUGCUGCUGCUCAAGACGGAGCUGGGUGGGUACUGCGCCAGCCAGGGGGACCAGGUGUCCUUCACUGUCCGGGAGACGCCGAAGGGGCUCCAGGCGGCUGGCGUCAAGGUCAUCUCGUCCCAGGAUGGAACCUACAACUUCUUCGGGGUCGUGAAGUCCUUCAACAUGGACAAGGGCUUCGGCUUCCUUGGUUGCGAUGCCGCAACGAACAUCUUUGGCAAGGACGUCUUCGUCCUGAGGAGCCAGGUCCCACAGGGGAUGAUCGCCACUGGUGCCCAAGUGCAGUUCAAGGCAGAGCAGAAAGAUCGGGGACCUCAGGUUGUGGGAGAGGUCCAGGUCCUUGGUGGCGGGUCGCCAGCUAUGCAAGGUUAUGCACCCAUGGGCGGCAUGGGCGGCGGUGGCGGCUACAGCGGCGGUGGCGGCUACAGCGGCGGUGGCGGCUACAGCGGUGGUGGCGGCUACAGCGGUGGUGGCGGCUACAUGGGCAUGAUGCAGGGCCACAUGUGA